AUGGAUAGGUUUGUCACAAGAACGAAUAUUGGGCAAUCAAGUUCUAGUUCUACUAAUUCAUCUAUUGCUUCAGCCAUAGCUCCGAAAAUUCAGAGGGACAUAUUUCUUUCUGAUCUUGAUUUAGAAUCUCUCAACGUUGAUCCGGGAGAUAGAAAGACUAUUAUAGAAUACAACCCUAAUAUACCUGAUAAAGGUCAACAUUCUAAGUGGUUGGAGUACAGUAUAUCAAAAGAUGCUGCAUAUUGUUUGUGUUGUUAUUUGUUCAAAAAUGAACAUGAAAGUCAUGGAAAUACGGGAGAUGCUUUUACAAAAAAUGGUUUUAAAGCUUGGAACAAGGCUAUUGAAAGAUUUAAAGCUCAUGUUGGAGAAGUAAAUAGCAUUCACAACAAGUGUUUCAAUAGUUUGCCAUUUCGUGGGCAUGAUGAGAGUCAAUCUUCUACAAAUAGAGGUAUUUUUCUUGAGCUUUUGCAAUGGUAUGGGGAUAUUAAUCGGGAUGUUGGAAGCAUUAUAUUAGAAAAUGCUCCAAGAAAUGAAAUGAUGUGUUCUCUAAGUAUUCAAAAAGAUAUUGUUGAUGCUUGUUCUAAAGAAACAAUCAAAGCUAUCAUUGAAGACAUGAAUGGGAAUUUUUUUGGGAUACUAGUUGAUGAAUCAAAAGAUAUAUCACACAAGGAGCAAAUGGCACUUGUUUUGAGAUAUGUUAACAAAGAAGGCGAAGUCAUAGAGAGAUUCGUUGGCAUUGUUCCUGUUAGUAACACAUCGGCUAUGUCAUUAAAAAGGGCAAUCUGUUCUUUUCUUUCUGAUCACUCAUUAAGUCCAACGCAAAUACGUGGGCAAGGUUAUGAUGGGGCUAGUAACAUGCAGGGAGAGCUAAAUGUUACUAAUGUCUUAAAUAUUGUUGGAGAAUCUUUUAAGCGCAGUGAUUUGCUUCGAGAACAUCAAGCUGAAAAGUUAGAAGAGUUGCUCAAAUCAGGUGAAGUGCAUACUGAACGAGGAUUAAAUCAAGAGUGUGGGCUUCAACGACUAGGUGAUACUCGUUGGGGUUCUCAUUAUAAGACGUUGGAUAACCUUAUUGUCCUAUUUCCAUUGAUUAUUCAUGUUCUUGAAUUUACUACACGUGAGUGUCCAAACUAUGCUGACAAAAUUGUUGCUGAAAGACUUAUGGGUAAGAUUAAGGAAUUUGAUUUUGCUUUUAUGUUGCACUUGAUGUUAAAUUUUAACAAUGACAAAUGA